CAUCUUGGUGGAGGCAGUGAGGCCUCGAUAAUCCAAACUCCCGCUCGGGUGGUUGUCGCUGUAUGGCGGGGUUUAGCGGAGUGAUACAGACUGGGCUAUCUCGCCGCACUCUCCCUAUAGUGAAACGGGCGCUGUAUACGGAGAGCGCGUCACGUGACCCGCCGGGCAGGAGGGCGCCCGGGUGACGUCACUCCCAGAAUCCCCCGCGGAGUGUGGCUCUUUCCUGCGGCCUCAGGGGAUAACGGAACCGGCGGGAAGCGGUAAAACGGGGGCGGGUAUGAAAAAUGGUGACUCAGUCAUUAUUGCGUCUCCCAGCAGGGUGACAAGGGAGAUCACACAAGCAGGUCUGAAAGAAAGGGGGACAUUGGUGCAAAUGGAGAAACACACAUUUAGAUCUACUGAGCGACAACUGCAAUGAAGACAUUUUUCUCUGCAACUGUGAAUCAAGAGGAGAGCACAGAGUGGAAACUGGUGGCCAGUCCGCUGGGAGAAAACCCAUUGGCUCAGGGCGCAGCUAUCAAUGACACUUCAAGUCUUGUCAUCCCAGGCUCGAGCCUACAGGAGAGCCCAGGCCUUAAUGACCAGAAGCGUUUCGUCUGUCCCCAGCUGCUCUGUGCAAAAACCUUUUCAUCAAAGUACAAGCUUUGCAGACAUAUGGCCACACACUCCAUGCAGAAGUCUCAUCAGUGCAUACAUUGUGGGAAAAUGUUUCAUAGAAAAGACCAUCUGAAAAAUCACCUCCAAACCCACAACCCCAAUAAAGAAGCUCUGCAAUGUCCAGAAUGCAGCAAACACUACAGCACCAAGCAUGGGCACCGCCGCCACUUAGCCUUGCACGCUGCCGCCAGCGGGGACCUAAGUUGCAAGCUUUGCCUGCAGGUCUUCAGAGACAGCCAGUCUGUGUUGGAACACCUGAAGAGUCACUCACGGAGAGCCUCUGGAGCCAGCAAGGAGAAGAAGUAUCCCUGUGAGCACUGUGACAGGUGCUUCUACACCCGCAAAGAUGUGAGGAGACACCUGGUGGUGCACACAGGGCGGAAGGACUUCCAGUGUCAUUUUUGUGCUCAGAGAUUUGGCCGCAAAGACCACCUGACCCGGCAUUUGAAAAAGAGCCAUUGUGAAGAGACGCCUCGCAUUAAAAUCGAGCCUCCUGACAACAUGAGCUGCGGCUCAGCCAUUGUAAAGGAAGAGUUUGGUUCCCUCAUGUGUAUGCAGCCCAGAGACCUCAUGUCGGUGGGAAUGUACACUUCUCCGUUCCAGGCCAUGCCAAACACAAAUGCCUCCCACUCUCUCAUGCCAAAUUCCAUGCCAGUCGGGCUAAAUUACCCCAAUGAAUGUACAGCCUCUGUUUCUACAAGCCCUUCACCUCGACCAACUUCUAGGGUCCCUCUCACAUCUACCUCAUACCCCCCCAAAAGUGAGAUGGAUGGCUUCUUCUCGGACGGCUCUGGCUGCCUUUCCCUUUCCUCCACGGAGUUAACCUCUUCUACCACUCAGCCCCAAAUGGAUGAGGCACUUCUUUCUGUGUUAUGUGACCCUCUGUCCACCAGCAUUGACUUCAGCCAUUUCUUUGGUUUUCUGCCUGUUAAUCUCCCUCCUUGUAACAUUCCUGUGUCUACUGCAGGCAUGAUCAUGGGCUAUCCUCAGGGAGACCCACAACAGCUUCUGACCACUCUCAACCACUCUCAGGCUCAAAACAACUCAGGGGCUGCGGGUCCUUCUCCACCCCCCCUCUUUACCUCAGACUUUAGUAGCAGCAUAUUGCCUCGGUUUCACCAAGCCUUCAAGUAAACAUGGUGUGACCAGCAUUUACCUCGAAAAGCCUUAGGACGCUUCUUGCCAUCUCAUGUAGGAAGAUUGGGUGAACCUAGCAAUGGCCCUAAACAUUCAGCAACCACAGACCGACAGUCCAGUUUGUCCUCUUCCUACUGUUGCACAGUAACAGGUGGCAGAGAUUUACUUACCUCAGGAUCACAAAGACUGCAGCCCUCCAGCUCAAUUGGGGGCAAAAACCCAACAAUGUGAAAACAGUGGCAAUAGCAACAGAGGUUGGACAGAUAUGAAUCGAGUUGGCGCAUCGCCCACCGUGCCUACAACUUGACGGAAGUUCCAUGUCACCUUUUUUUUUUUUUUUUUUUAGAAUAGCCUUUCUCACUAACCAAGCCUGGUCACUAGGCAGGUGGCUAUGGGAACUUUGUCUUCUGACCUUCAGAGACACCACGUUUAAAUCCUCUGUUACUGUAUCACUGUAUCAGUGUCAUAUUACAUAUCCAGCAGGGGAAGCCAUCCCCCGAAUCUGUUACAUGUGAGAUAAGGGAGACUCCUCUCUGAAAUCAGUUUUGUUCUGAUUUAGAGAUCUCUUUCGUGUCCACUCACUUCCUGUCUAACAUUACCUAAUGAUGCAUUUUGAAAGAACCAGUGGUGUAAGAUGUAUACGUGACUCCGACUUUCCAAAAUUAGAUGCUCAUUUCAUAGAUCAUGCCAAAUUCAGAGUAUCUGUUCAGUUUUCCCCCAUGGGGAUUCAAAUAUGAAGGCCUUGUCAUAUUGUCCACAAUCUGAGAUCCCCAGGUGGAUUUACGAGUUUACCCACCCCAGCAAAACCUGGUGUGUAAUAACUGAACUGCCAUAGUGCAUUAUACCAAACCUUGGCCUAGAGCCUAUUUAGCAAGCUUGCAGCAGCACACUACAUGCCACCCGUUGUAUCUAGAAUAUUUCCUGCUCUGGUCACUAGUUGAUUGAGCAAUGUGUCACUCACCACUUUGGCACUUGGCAAGAGUUUUUGUUUGUUUGUUUGUUUUUUAAAAGUAGCUGAUAUAGACAUUGCAAUGUUUUGUAAAGAUUUUGAAAUCUCAACAUAAUGUUCCGUUCUAUCACGAACCUAAACACUAAGGAUUUAGGUUGCAAAUAUAUUGUAAGCUGUGAGAGAUAUUGUGAUACGGAAUGGUAAAAUCAUGCGUCUUGCCUCUCCGCCAAAAUGUUUGUGGCUUGCGAAAACCUUCAUGUGGCAGAUGAGCAAGUAAUACAUUGUUACAUUUAUAUAUUUUUAUUGUAGGGAGAGAGGGAAAAAAAAAAAAACCUUCACUUAAGUGCAACUUAUGUUUAAAUAUUUUUUUAUCUUUUAACGUCUAACACCUGAAAGGUCAGUGAGCUGGCUUCCUAUGAGCUAAAAAAGUUACAGCGGUGCGAUUAAUCCCCUUAGUUUGCAGAGCAAACUAUCCCUCAUGCUUGCCAGAUGAGAACAUGCCACUCACAGUAGCAAUGCUAACCUCCAUUUUUAUACCCUAGACCUUCUGAUUUUUUUCCAUUCAAUUCAUUAUGAUAUGAACAUUUUUCUUGCCAGCAGUUGAAGCACUGGCCAGUCAUGUUAAUAUGGUAACUCUGCUGUUCUUAAAGUGACUCCCAAUUUCUUGCGCGAGCUUAGCUCGUUAGGUAGUUGGCACUUCCUGUGCAGGGACCAGACAUUUAUCUUAGCUCUUUUUUGUUUUCUUUCUUUCUUUAGAUCGCACUUGUAAUGAGGACAUUGUUGUAAAACGCAUAGCACUUAAUAGAAUACAUAUUGAAAUUGGAGGUGUUGGUACAGGUCCACUGUUUGAGCUUUCAGCACUAUGGUGGCCCGUUUAUGGUAUUUAAACUGAGCAUCAUAGGAAUAUAAUGCACAACUGCUGGAGUUUAGGUUAGCCUUGACUGUUUUAGCACACGGAUGGUUAAGUAGAUCUCCAGAUCUUGCUAAGCCCAGCUUCAUUAAUCCUCUGCUAAUAUUUUAUAAAUAAUUGGCUGUAGUAGUGCAGCGGGACGAUCUGUAUCCGCAAGAUACAGGGGGGAAACAAAUCAUCUCAGUUUGACCUCAUUUUAGCUUUAAGCCUGCAGCUACCAGUUGAGUCAGAAGCUUUACAUGGGAGACAAUAUAAUAAGCAAGAAUCUUGGCUAAUAAUAAUUAAAGGGACAGUAAAGCCAAAAGCUUUGACAUGGACAUAUUAUGAAAACCAACAUUUUCACACUUGUCUAUGCAUUUCUGUGCUCUUAUAGUGUGUACCAGGCUCCCCAAUUCUAUUGUCUUUUUCAUGAAGACCUGUCUAACAGGCUUCCAUGCUGUAAGUGCAGAUAGGUUGCUAAACUCAGCUGUUAUCACAUCAGGAGUGAUAGUACAUAUACACACCAGUGUUUGUACACUAAAUUGCAUAUACAGAUCCUCUGAUGGUCAGUUUAAUCACUGCCUUGGUGACAACAGAGGAAGCCAGGCAGUGAGUACACAAGCAGUAUUUUAACACACUACUCAAAAACACAAUCUCCUCGGACAGGGAAGAAAAUCAGUUUUAUUCAAUCAUGCUAGAGAUGAUAAAAAAAACAAAUGCUGGAAUGCUCCCUUAAUUAAUGUUUAGGUCUGACCUAUUUGUGUAUCAGCACUAAAACCUGUUGCACUCCCUUUCCGUAUAAAUAUGUUGAAAUGCAGGGGUGUUAAGGAAAGGUGAUGUUUUAAAGGGACAGCAUCAUACCAAGCAUGCCAAUCCCCUCUUUUUAUAUUGGUGCUGCUAAUUUAUCUAUACAUUGUGCUAGCAAAUGUAUCGAUAUAAACUUUUUUUUUAAUAUAUAUAUAUAUAUAUUUGUGUAUCUACAGGUACACAUAAUUACUACAAAGAUGGCUGUUGGAAAAAAUGGAAGCAAAAAGCGAUGUGCUCUGCCACAUGCUGUACUUUGUGGACUUGCAUGCACUUAAAUUGCAGAAUUUUCCGUUCCUGGCAGACAUCUUUGCAGUAAUAGAUGGAAUCUUUAGGUAAAUGUAUGGUUUAAUCUAUAUAUUUGCUACCAAUUUAGCCAGCAAUAUCUGUGGGAGUACAUGUGUACCUACUUGAAAAUUAAUUUGCAUCCACAUAGCAUGUGGAAAUUAGAGUGCCUUUAACCCGGAUAUUUGUCUCACUGCCCUUCCUCUUGCGCAGCGGACCAAUUACCUCCUAGCACUUUCAUAUCCAUAGUUUGGUUUUAAUAUAUGCCAUUUCUGGAAUUGUUUUAUUUUGUAUUAAGGGAGCGAGGGCCCAACUCCUAAAAGGCUCAGCAUCGUUCCAUUGUAUUAAUAUGGAUUUUGGUUUACAGUGUGAAGCUUACUAAAUAAACGUUCAAUAGAGUUUAAAGUU